AUGGCUCUCCUGGCUCGACCCCUGGCACUGCUGGCAAUGACAGUGACCACUGCAGCCAUCAAGGUUGUGUCCCUGGACAGAACCCAGGACUCCUUCAAUGACCAGCACCAGGGCUGCGGCCCUGCCAUUAUCACGGCCUUGCCAGCCCUCAGCCACUUUGAGUUCCAGGUGAAUCCUCUCUUCUUCACCCAGACCUGGUGUCCACACUGUUCUCUGUGGCCUCUCCCUGCCAUGGCCCCUCUGGCUCAGAUCCUGGCACUGCUGGCAAUGGCCAUGUCCACCAUGACUGUCGACGUGAUUCCCCUGGAUAUGGCCCCAGACUCCUUUGAUGACCAGUACCAGGGCUGUGGCCCUGCCAUGAAGGUGGCAUUGCCGGCCCUCAACCGCUCUGAGUUCCAGCAGAAUGAGGAGUUUGCUGUGGUUUGGGUAAAGGCUGCAGCCGAGUGGCAGAGUCGGGGGCCCCCUGAGUCCCCUCUGUCCACAGACCAGGCCACCGCCAUCAUGGCCUUCACAAUGACUGACCCCAGAACAUUCAAUGAUGUCGUGCAUGUGGUUGGGCGCUCCAGGCAGGAAUACCGGGACAACUUCCACUUAAAAACACUGCAUUUCCUGCUGACCGAUGCCCUGGCCACGCUGAGGGAUGCUCAGAAAGGGCAGUGUCGGGAAGCGUUCCUGAAGGUGUGUGACACCCGGUUCAAGACACAGCCAGGUGAAACCAUCCGGUUUGGUCAUUUCAUGCCGGUGUUCCUGAGCAAACAAAUUGGCGAGUGCCCUGGUGAGACAAUGCUAGAGGUGCACACAUGCCAUGGCGUGGAAAUCCAGUUUUUCAGUGAACAUCCAGAACCUGAGAUUGUGCUGAUCCCACCCUUUGAGACCUUCAAAGUCACACAAUACACCCGGGAAGGGGACAAGACACAGAUCCAGCUCCAGUCUACCGGGACCUACAGCAAAUACAACUGCGAGUGGCUGCGAGGUUAG